AUGUCAGCUUACGUAUCUGGUGGCCGAUUGAGUGGGAAAGCGUCCUUCUUGCCGAAGCUGCUGGAAGCUGCACAGGGGAGUUUGAGCAUCUAUGAUCAACAUGAGGAUGGAAGGAGCUUGAGGUUCGUGACAUAUUCGCAGCUCUUCCAAUUUGCCAGGCAGCUGGGUGCACGGUUGCAAGCAUCUUUGGCACCACAAAGGAUUCUAUUGGAUCCCAACCUGCCACGCAGCGAUGUGGUCCUGUGCUUUUGGGGCUGCUUGUGUGCGGGCCUGUGCCCUUGCUUUAUAUCCCCAGAGAUUGGACAUGAACUUCACGUGAUGAAGAAAGCUUGCAGAGCUUUGGGUUCUCCAGUGCUUCUGUGCAAGGGAACUUCCAGAACUGCGGAACUAUCCAAAUGCUUCAAUGCCGUGGACCUGUUGUGCUUGUCAGAUUCAUCCAGCCUCAAACAGCCUCCUCCACAUGUACGGAAGUAUGCCUUCCAUGUGGUCUCUGGAGUGUCGACUGACAGUCAGCACGUCACAUGUCCAGAGAGUGCAGAUGGCAAUAUCUCAGAUCUGUUCGUAUGGAACUAUUCACAUGAAAUAGUUUGGGCAAACUGCGUGGCACUCAGAUCCUUUUUUGACGCAGCCAAGAUAACUUCAUUGAGCUGGCUGCCCAUCACCUUGCCUUUCACAUUGCUCAUGCAUUGUGCCGCGGUUUGUCACUCAGCGAACGAGAUCCAUGUAUCUACACGCCAUGGGCACAACGGACAAUUCUCACCUCAGAAACUCUUGGGUUUCUUGGCUCGUCAUGCCAAAGCUGCAGAUCUUUUGGUGGCUGCCCCACUGAUUUUUUAUCGGCGGGCUGGCCCUGCAUCUGUGUUGUCAUCAUCCUUGCCAUCUGCAAGGUGGGUGUUGCUUAGCAGCAGAGACGAUUGGUCAACGGAGGAUUUGAGACUUUUUGAUGGCGGUGACACUGGGAAGGUUGGAUGUUUUCAACGACUUCUAGUAGCACCUUGGGGUUGUAGCUUGGCACAUGGCACUGAGAAGAAUUUGCUUUGGAGCCCUUUGCUUGGAGUAGAGCUUUGCGAGAGGGAAGCCAUGUGGGCGAGAGGAUUGGCAGCCUUACCUGGUUUGACGACGGAUUCGGAGGACGGAUGGGCCCGCGCUUCCGGAGCUUUGUGCGGAAGCUUCUUGCGCAGCUUUGAGGAACGGUUGCAGAUGUCCGGCGUAGAGUACACCUCUACCGAAGUGGAAGCAGCAACGGAACAGUCUCCUGAAGUCGUAUCAGGCUCAUCAGUGGCUUGUGCCACCGGAUCUUUGGUGAUUUUCUUCGUUCCGACCAAUGGAUCUUUGUCUUCUCAAGGAAGUCUCUUGAAGUCUCUUGCAGGACAUUUGGCCCUUACGUUGGGCAUACAUGCCCACCGCAUCAUAGCAAUACCCGCCUCGAAUUUCAGUCGAAGAUUUGACGGUUUGCCAUGCCGGGAGUUCUUUCAGAAGCUCAUCCAGAGAAAAAGACUGCUGGAUGAAUCGAACGAGAGCUCUGAAUGGAGAGAUGAGGACUUGGCUAAAGAGGUUCUAAAAGAGAAAGGAACGUUGGACUCCAAAGAGCCGAGUCCGUUGCCCAGCGAUUGGAUCUUUGAGGAGGACUUCAAGCAUGUUGCCGCACUUGAGGAAGAUGAGGAUGAGGAUGCGCUCGAGGAGAGGAUGGAAGGAGCUAUGGAAGCCGAAGCUGUGGAACAUCAGCGAAUCUUGCUGGUCAUUGUCCCUCAUGCCCCUCCAAGCCAGCUGUCUCAGUCUGUGGUCUCUACCCUAAAAAGCGAACUCAGCCAGACCAUGACUGUAAGAGAGGUGACCCCCACAGAAGCCUUGGCUGUAGUAGCUCGUGAAGUGUUCGAGCAACUCACAGUGGUCCACCUCCUCAAUUGCUUUGACGACGUAGAAGCAGUCAGUUGCCUGAUCCAUCUACUCCAAGCAUGGGAGAGGAAAAACCACUCGGUGGAGGACUCAGCUCAAGGAGUCGAAGAUGCACAUCGAAGUCGAAACAAGUCGAGUCAACUUCGAGUUUUGUGCGUCUCUCAGAAGCGACACGUCCGUGUGGCGGGAGGCCUUUGCGAUCCUCGCAAGUCCUUUCUUUCGGGAGUUCUUCAGAGCGCUCAGCAGGAAUUCCCAUGGCUUCAGGCCUCACAGCUGGAUGUGGCCCCCGGCCUGGUGCCGUCCGCUGCUGCCGCCAUUGCCUUGGAGCUGAAGGCGCAUGCACCAAGCGGCGAGGUCUUGCUCGACGCUGAAGGUGCCCGGCUGGUGAGGCGCUUGAGACAGGCGACCUCCGUGGUCCCUCCACGCUCGGGGCUGGUGGACUGCGUUUUGUCGGCAGGUGGGACAGGUGGUGUUGGCACAAUCUGGGCCAAGCAUCUCAAUGCACGGUCCAUCAUCUUUCUUGGACGAUCACCACCAAGUGCUCCAAAGGUCCAGAAUCUGCUGAGACUUCACGAGAAUUCAGAGAUUUCCUACCUCCCAGUGGAUAUCUCACAGAAACGCCAGCUACAGCAAGCCCUGCGAAACUGUCCCAGUGCCACGCGCAUUGACUUCGCGGCCAAUUUCUGCGAAUCCUUCCAAGCACCUCGACCCUUCAUCAGCCUGGAUGCAACAGCUAUGGACUUGCCCAAAUUGAAGUUGCAAGGUGCGGAGAACUUUGUGGAGGUCCUUGGUGAGAUUAGUAAACACCGAGCACGUGGGAAGCUCCCGAAAGUGCUCUUCACCUCCACGGCUGUCAGCAUCAACGGAGCACCUCAACUGGCCAGCUACACAGCAGGUGCUCGAGCAUUGGAAGCUUUUUGCAGUUGCCACUCUGCGAUGCACUCAUCAACGACGCACUCUUCCAAGAUGGACAUUCGAUGUGUGGCCCUGUCAGCCUGGGAUUCCAUUGGAAUCACUGAGAAAUAUCCGACAUUAGCCGACGCAGCUCCCUCAGCUGGUCUGCAUCUGCUUUCGCCACAGCAGGGUCUACUUGCCUUGGAGGCGGCCUUUCAAUUUGCCCAGCCUCGCUUCAAUGUUUUGAUGAUUGGACUGGACGGUGGCCAUCCUCGCUUUCAGCCAUUGACAGGUGGCACAGGCAACCUGGUAGCAAGCCUCAAUACGACAUCUGUGGCAGGAUGCAUCGAAAUCAUACAGGCUGCGGUACGGAAGAUCUUGGGAUGUGAAGCCAAGCUUGGAGAUAGUUUCGUGCAGUUAGGCUUGGACUCCAUGUCUUCAAUGUCCCUCCACAGCAACUUGUGCCAAGCUUCUGGCAUAAGCCUUCCCUUCAGCAUUUUCUACGACGAGCCGACGGUCCUUCAGGCUGCUAGCUUUCUCCACCGCUCUGCUGGUGGUGGUGACGAGGAGGAGGACCUGGAGUCCAUGCUUCAGGACGCCGAGGCUCGGCGUUCUUAUCAUCUCAGCCAAGCCAAGCAGCUUCUCGCUUCAGUCGAAACAAGUGAUGAAGAAGCGAAGGCUGCACGUUUGAAAGAGGCACUGGACAUUUGUAGGAAGGCCGUUGAGGGUGCAUCUGGCAGUGCAUUGGUCGUUGCGCUUGCAUUGGAGGCAGAAAUCGGUACGCAAUUGGGGUUGGAGGAGCUCGUUGCAACGACGAGGUCGCUGCUGGCUGCUUGUGAAGACGCUUAUGGUGCUGAUAGUCCAGAUACGGCUGUAGCCUUGGGAAAGCUGAUCCGGGCAUCGAAAGCAGGAGAGGGAGGAGAAGCAGUUCGAUGGGUCGCGGACUUUCAACGAAGGCAUGAAUCGUUCAUGAGGGCGAUUUCAUGGGUGGAAGCUGCAGGCUUGGCCACCCUGGGAGGAAACUCCCAGUGCGUUGGCGCAGUCAGCGCGGUCAGCUUUGCCAAUGUCACGAUGACAUUGAGAACUCUUAACUUGGAUGACCAAGGCCUCGGAAAGCGUGUUGAAAGCAUCAUAUGGCUCAGCACCCUUGGCAAUUUAGAGCAGCUCGAAGUGCUGAAGCUGCGAAGAAACGCGAUUUGUGAGCUCCCAAGUACCUUGGGCAAUUUGCUGAAACUACGUGAACUCUACUUGACCAGCAACGCCUUGAGUGAUUUGCCCCAGACCUACUCAAAUCUCUCUAAGCUCCAAGUGCUUUGUUUGGAGAGGAAUAGAUUUGAAAGGCUGCCCAGAGUCAUCUACGCCAUUUCUCGAAGAUUGCUUCAGCUCGGCUUGGAUGAACAAGAGAUCUGCGAGCCGAGCGAGCUCAAGAACCUUGAAGAGAAUUCGCUGGAGAACUCCUUCUUCUCCAUGGAGCUCUUUGCACCAAAGCUCUCUAUCUUGCGUGGCCGAGCUGCUUCAAGUUCUUCUUCCUCCUUCCCAAGACUUGCGACAGAUACAACUCGAUCGAAUUUGAACACCAUUUUUUGGGCCAACAAUGCUGAAGGAGAUUCACCCUUGAGGCUUCCUAGCUUCAGUACAACUAUCUUCGAGUCUUUGCGCUUGUUGGAUUUGGCUCACAAUCAGAUUUCUUCAAGCCUUUGCUUCCUGGAAGGCUUGAGGAACUUGAGGGACUUAAGCCUUGCAGGGAAUCGACUGCGUGAAGUACCGGGCAAAAUCAGCAGUUUCUGUCCUUUUCUUCAACAACUAUGGCUCCAUGGCAACGAUCUUGAAGAACUUCCAGAGGAGUUGGGGGAUCUUCAGUCCUUGGCCAUCUUGGAGUUACAUCACAACAGACUCAAGUCUCUGCCAAAAUCCCUUGAGAAGCUACAGAAGUUGAAUUGGCUUUUUGCUCAUUGCAAUGAGCUAAAGGAUCUUCGGAUCAUCAAAACCUUGAACUCUUUGCCCCGAUUGAAGAUCGUUGGCUUGGGUUGCAACCAGCUUCCUUUACAGUGUCUCGACUUCCAAAGCUUACAAGCGAGUUAUGGUCUCGCUUGGAACUCGGGCAUUUCGCCAGAAGACCAAGUUCUGACCGAAGCAUUGACCACCAUCGAUUUGCAUUGGGAUCUACUGCUUGGUGGCAAAAGAAAAGAAACGCUCCAAGAGCUUCUGGUGGCGACUUUCUCAGCUCAGGGGGCACCGGUGGCACAGGGUCAAGCAGAAGUUCGCGCUUUGAGAGACUCCUUGUUGCCAGUGGACGCUUUAUACAUUUGCGAUCCAGCCAAUGCCUGGUUUUUGCAAGAUCCCUCUGGCAAUUGGAAGGGACUUCAGUACUUUGAGGAGAAGAUCUCUGACAUCACCUCCAGAUACCGAAAAGUCUUUGCUUGGGGUGGAUCUAUGGGAGGCUCAGCAGCGCUUCUUUUUGCCAAUCUCUUUGACCGCGUCCAUGCCUUCAGCCCACAAGUGGAUUUAGCUUACACUUGGCCGAGUUUUGCGACGCAAGAUGUGCGAGAACAAUUCCGAUCGCGUGUGCAGGACGCAGUCUCAUCCUGCCGUGGGCCAGUGCACCUCCACGUUGGUGCAGAAAAUCACACGGAUAAUCGACAUGCAGCUGCUUUGCCACAAGCAAGAGUUCAUUUGCACGAGACCGCAAAUCACAAUACCAUGAAGCAUGUAAAGCAGAGAGGCAAGCUGUUACCCCUCCUGAAGUUCGAGGUUAUGGAUUUGCUGACGAGUUGAUGUCCCAGUUGGAGGACCAGCGAGCUCCACGCUUUGGGUCGCCAUGGCCCUGCAAAAAAGAGGUGAGUCCCAGACAAUGACUUGAGCGCGCCGGCUUUGCGGCCAAAAAGAAGAAGUCAAAGUCAAAAGGAUCGAUCGUGGGAGAGUGGAACAUUGCAGAUGCCAAGCUACGCUAAAAGAGGAAUCUGCUCCCGCUGCUUCAGCGGAAGCACCCAAGGAGGAGUCAGUGCCCGCUGCAGCCGCGGAGGAACAACGUCGUUCUUCGCUUAUGGCUGCAUUUCGCCCCCCCUGACAAGGUCCAACAGCUUCAGGGCUUUGCGCACAAGCCUUCCGUUGGGAUUUGGUUCAGCCUGGGGACACACCACAGCCGGUGAGCGUGACACACUGAAGGGUGGGUUAAGGGGAACCCCCGUAAUCGC